AUGAUCGUGCUGGCUCCAAUCACCACCCUGAUCAUGCACGGCUUCACAAAUCUGCUAGCAGGGGCUUCCCUGCUCCCAGUAGCCUAUGGGGCUUUCUCAACAUCCGCCAAACCCUCCCACGCAAGCUCCACUGCGUCUUCCACCUCACCAGCAUACUCCCAGUUCACCGUCCCGGCUGACGCUGAUGCCGGCGCUCAGCUGGUUGCCAACAUUGAUGACCCGGAAGCCAUUGAUGCACAGAAGGCCUGUCCUGGAUACAAGGCGUCGAAUGUGAAGGAGUCGGCGCGCGGAUUGACCGCUACUCUGACCCUGGCGGGCGAAGCAUGCAAUGCCUACGGAACGGAUGUGGACUCUUUGGACCUUUCAAUUGACUACUUGGCCCAUGACCGUCUGAAUGUUCAAAUCGUUCCGACUUAUAUUGACUCGUCAAAUGCGUCCUGGUUUUUGUUGGACGAGCACACCGUCCCCCGCGCCAGCGCUGCUGAGCACGCGUCGAAGGAGGACAGUGACCUGGAAGUCACUUGGGCUAACGAGCCUUCUUUCCAUUUCAAAGUGACCCGCAAGGCCACCGGUGAUGCCAUUUUUGAUACUACUGGUUCGACUCUGGUGUAUGAAAACCAGUUUAUUGAGUUUGUUACCGCCUUGCCAAAGGAUUACAACCUCUACGGCAUUGGAGAGCAUAUUCAGCAGUUGCGUCUUUUGGACAACUUGACUUUGACUCUCUACGCGUCGGAUAUUGCGGAUCCCAUUGACACCAAUGUCUAUGGAUCUCAUCCUUUCUACUUGGACACUCGUUACUACGAAGUCGAUGAGCAGGGCAAGCAUAACCUAGUUGCCAGCGAUAAGUCCGACCAGUCCAAGGACUAUGUCUCUUACUCGCACGGUGUAUUCUCCCGAAACGCCCAUGGCCAAGAGGUCAUCACUAAGCCCGAGGCCCUGAAAUGGCGCACACUUGGUGGUAGCAUUGACCUGACCUUCUAUUCUGGACCCAAUCAGGCAGAUGUCACCAAAAACUACCAACUCAGCACUAUUGGGUUGCCAGCAUUGCAGCAAUACUUUACUCUUGGAUUCCACCAGUGUCGCUGGGGUUAUAACAACUGGACCCAGCUUGAAGAAGUUGUCAACAACUUCGAGAAAUUCGGAAUCCCACUCGAGACAAUUUGGAACGACAUCGACUAUAUGCAUGGAUACCGCGACUUUGAGAAUGAUAACAACCGUUACCCGUACAGCGAGGGCGAAGAGUUCUUGGAAAAGCUACAUGCGAGCGGCCGCCACUAUGUUCCCAUUGUGGAUUCUGCUCUUUACAUUCCUAACCCCAAGAAUGCCUCUGAUGCAUAUGAUACCUACACCCGAGGACACAAAGAUGAUGUCUUCAUCAAGAACCCUGAUGGAAGCGAGUAUAUUGGAGCUGUUUGGCCUGGUUACACCGUUUUCCCCGACUGGCACAACCCUAAGACCAACGACUUCUGGGCCGACGAGAUCGUUGCAUACCACAAGAAGGUGGCAAUCGACGGUAUCUGGAUUGACAUGAGCGAGGUCUCCUCGUUCUGUGUCGGAAGUUGUGGUUCAGGUAACCUCAGCAUGAACCCAGCCCACGGUCCCUUCGCCUUGCCUGGGGAGCCUACCAAUUUGGUGCUCGAUUACCCAGAAGGAUUUGAGUUGACCAACAAGACCGAAGCUGAGGCCGCCGCGUCAGCUUCAUCUAGCCAGGCCGCUGCCGCUGCUACUGCUUCAUCUUCGGUUUCUUAUCUGCGAACCAUACCCACUCCCGGGGUUCGCAACGUCAACUACCCGCCGUACGUUAUCAACCAUGACCAGGCUGGCCAUGACCUCAACUCGCAUGCUGUGGCCACAAAUGCCACUCAUCAUGACGGUGUACAGGAAUACGAUGUUCACAAUCUGUUCGGUCACCAAAUUCUGAAUGCAACCUACCAUGGUCUCUUGAAGGUCGAUGAGAGCAAGCGCCCCUUCAUUAUCGGCCGCUCAACCUUUGCUGGCUCCGGCAAAUGGGCUGGUCACUGGGGCGGUGAUAACGCUUCCAAAUGGGCUUACAUGUUCUUCUCAAUCCCGCAAGCCCUGUCGUUCUCUCUCUUCGGUAUUCCAAUGUUUGGUGUCGAUACUUGCGGUUUCAAUGGCAACUCUGACGAGGAGCUCUGCAACCGCUGGAUGCAACUUUCUGCUUUCUUCCCCUUCUACCGAAACCACAACACCCUCUCCUCCAUUCCACAGGAGCCCUACGUUUGGGACUCGGUGAUUGACGCCACCAAAGCAGCUAUGAAGAUUCGCUACGCCAUCCUUCCCUACUUUUACACCCUAUUCCACGAAGCGCACACAACUGGCUCGACUGUCAUGCGCGCUUUGGCCUGGGAAUUCCCCACCGAUCCAUCUCUUGCCGCAGUGGACACCCAGUUCCUCCUUGGUCCUUCCAUUAUGGUCGUGCCCGUCCUGGCACCCCAGGCCACCUCUGUCAAGGGUGUCUUCCCAGGUCUCAAGAACGGUGAAGUUUGGUACGACUGGUACACCCAGACAGCCGUUGAUGCUGAGCCCGGUGUGAACACCACCAUCCCCGCUCCUCUGGGCCAUAUCCCUGUCUUCGUGCGUGGUGGCAGCGUGCUCCCCAUGCAGCAACCCAAGCUCACCACCAAGGAGUCCCGCGAGUCCCCUUGGUCCUUGCUUGCUGCGCUCAGUGGCAACGGCACCGCUUCUGGCUCCGUUCAUGUCGAUGAUGGAGAGAGCAAUGUUCCCGAAGAGAGCCUUGAUGUGACUUUCCAUGUCGAGGCCUCCAGUCUGAGCGCUAAGGCUACCGGUUCAUGGAAGGAGUCUACCCCUCUCGCCGACAUCACCGUUCUGGGUGUUGCCAAGGAGCCCAGUUCUGUCGAGUUUAACGGCAAGGUCAUCCCCGCUUCGUCUGUGCAGUACAAUGCUACAUCGCAUGCUUUGGCUGUAGGUGGAUUAGACAAGCUGACUGAGGAGGGUGCCUUCAGUGAGGACUGGACUUUGAAGUGGUAA